AAUUCUCAAAAAUGACUCCUCCGUUGCCCCUCUCCUUCCUCUCUGGCUUUCAGCCGCCUUCUUAUCUCUGCAGCAGACACUCUCUUGCUCCCUCUCCCACCCUCCUCCCGUCUCUCUUGCUCCCUCUCCCACCCUCCUCCCGUCUCUCUUGCUCCCUCUCCCACCCUCCUCCCGUCUCUCUUGCUCCCUCUCCCACCCUCCUCCCGUCUCUCUUGCUCCCUCUCCCACCCUCCUCCCAUCUCUCUUGCUCCCUCUCCCACCCUCCUCCCGUCUCUCUUGCUCCCUCUCCCACCCUCCUCCCGUCUCUCUUGCUCCCUCUCCCACCCUCCUCCCGUCUCUCUUGCUCCCUCUCCCACCAUCCUCCCGUCUCUCUUGCUCCCUCUCCCACCCUCCUCCCGUCUCUCUUGCUCCCUCUCCCACCCUCCUCCCGUCUCUCUUGCUCCCUCUCCCACCCUCCUCCCAUCUCUCUUGCUCCCUCUCCCACCCUCCUCCCGUCUCUCUUGCUCCCUCUCCCACCCUCCUCCCGUCUCUCUUGCUCCCUCUCCCACCCUCCUCCCGUCUCUCUUGCUCCCUCUCCCACCCUCCUCCCGUCUCUCUUGCUCCCUCUCCCACCCUCCUCCCGUCUCUCUUGCUCCCUCUCCCACCCUCCUCCCGUCUCUCUUGCUCCCUCUCCCACCCUCCUCCCGUCUCUCUUGCUCCCUCUCCCACCCUCCUCCCGUCUCUCUUGCUCCCUCUCCCACCCUCCUCCCAUCUCUCUUGCUCCCUCUCCCACCCUCCUCCCGUCUCUCUUGCUCCCUCUCCCACCCUCCUCCCGUCUCUCUUGCUCCCUCUCCCACCCUCCUCCCGUCUCUCUUGCUCCCUCUCCCACCAUCCUCCCGUCUCUCUUGCUCCCUCUCCCACCCUCCUCCCGUCUCUCUUGCUCCCUCUCCCACCCUCCUCCCAUCUCUCUUGCUCCCUCUCCCACCCUCCUCCCAUCUCUCUUGCUCCCUCUCCCACCCUCCUCCCGUCUCUCUUGCUCCCUCUCCCACCCUCCUCCCGUCUCUCUUGCUCCCUCUCCCACCCUCCUCCCGUCUCUCUUGCUCCCUCUCCCACCCUCCUCCCGUCUCUCUUGCUCCCUCUCCCACCCUCCUCCCAUCUCUCUUGCUCCCUCUCCCACCCUCCUCCCGUCUCUCUUGCUCCCUCUCCCACCCUCCUCCCGUCUCUCUUGCUCCCUCUCCCACCCUCCUCCCGUCUCUCUUGCUCCCUCUCCCACCAUCCUCCCGUCUCUCUUGCUCCCUCUCCCACCCUCCUCCCGUCUCUCUUGCUCCCUCUCCCACCCUCCUCCCGUCUCUCUUGCUCCCUCUCCCACCCUCCUCCCGUCUCUCUUGCUCCCUCUCCCACCCUCCUCCCGUCUCUCUUGCUCCCUCUCCCACCCUCCUCCCGUCUCUCUUGCUCCCUCUCCCACCCUCCUCCCGUCUCUCUUGCUCCCUCUCCCACCAUCCUCCCGUCUCUCUUGCUCCCUCUCCCACCCUCCUCCCGUCUCUCUUGCUCCCUCUCCCACCCUCCUCCCGUCUCUCUUGCUCCCUCUCCCACCCUCCUCCCGUCUCUCUUGCUCCCUCUCCCACCCUCCUCCCGUCUCUCUUGCUCCCUCUCCCACCCUCCUCCCGUCUCUCUUGCUCCCUCUCCCACCCUCCUCCCGUCUCUCUUGCUCCCUCUCCCACCCUCCUCCCGUCUCUCUUGCUCCCUCUCCCACCCUCCUCCCGUCUCUCUUGCUCCCUCUCCCACCCUCCUCCCGUCUCUCUUGCUCCCUCUCCCACCCUCCUCCCGUCUCUCUUGCUCCCUCUCCCACCCUCCUCCCGUCUCUCUUGCUCCCUCUCCCACCCUCCUCCCGUCUCUCUUGCUCCCUCUCCCACCCCUCCUCCCGUCUCUCUUGCUCCCUCUCCCACCCUCCUCCCGUCUCUCUUGCUCCCUCUCCCACCCUCCUCCCGUCUCUCUUGCUCCCUCUCCCACCCUCCUCCCGUCUCUCUUGCUCCCUCUCCCACCCUCCUCCCGUCUCUCUUGCUCCCUCCUCCCACCCUCCUCCCGUCUCUCUCGCUUAA